UUACUUCGACUUGAAGUAACGCAAUUUGACAGUGCAAUUUAAAGGUCUAACUAGCCAUGACAGAUGAAGCGAGUGUGCAGGUUCCCACCUGGCUGAAGCAGGAACUAUUUGAAGAUGUUCUGAAGAAACGCUUUCCGAAUUUUCGUCGCAUCAAGAGCUUUAAGCCGGUAGCCGGUCUCAAGCCAGGCGAAAACUAUUCCACGAUUAUGCUGCGUUUGCAUUUCGAGGUACAGCUAGCAGAUAAUACGAUUGAGAAAAUAAGUCUUAUGCUGAAAACGCCGCACGACUUUGAAAUGUAUCGUGAGGUACUGAAGAAGAACAACAUGUUCGCCGUGGAGAGGGAUGUGUUCCUUAACAUCAAGCCCGAAUUGGAGCAAAUGUACAAGGAUGUGGGUCUUGAUGUGAUAUUCGGUGCGACUGGCUAUGAAAUAGAUGCACCCGACGAGUAUGUGCUGCUGGAGGAUCUGCAGCCAAGCGGCUUUAAGAACGCGGAUCGCUUGCUAGGCCUGGACAAGGCUCAUGUUUUGGGAGUUCUCACCAAGCUGGCCCAGUGGCAUGCUGCCUCAGCGACUCGCAUUGAGGAAAAGGGCGCCUAUACGCAGAACUUUCUAAAGCCCAACUUCUCGGAUGCGAUCAGACCUCAGCUGCAAGAUAUGGUCGAUACCCUGGGCAAAGUGUUGCUCCAUUGUUUGCCCAACUACGAAGGCUAUGAGAGCUACAGCGAGGCGGUGCACAACAUACAGCCCAAAAUUGUUGAGCUUAUGUCUAGCUUAAAUUAUCCCGAUCCAGAAGACUUCAAUGCACUGAGUCACGGCGACCUGUGGACCAAUAAUAUACUCUUCAAGUACCAGGACGAGUCGCCUGUGCCCGUUGCCACUUACCUCGUGGACUUCCAAGCGCCGCGCUACACCACAGUAGCAUAUGAUCUUUUAUAUUUUCUACUCGCCUCUACACAAUUUGAGCUCAAGUUGAGUCACUUUGACUACUUCAUCAAGUACUAUCACGAUCAGUUGGUCGAGCACCUAACUUUACUCAAGUAUCCACAAGCAAAGAUUCCAACGCUGCGCUCUCUGCACGCUCAACUGCUUAAAUAUGGUUUCGUUGGGUACCAAGUUUGUCUGAUUCUCUGCCCACCUGUACUGCUCGAUCGCACUGAUGAUGCCAAUCUGAAGGAUUUCGUUACAGAAACAUCGGAUGGCGAUGGUCUAAGAACCCAAAUGUUUACGAAUACCCGAUAUAAGAGACAUGUCAGCAUUAUAUUUCCCUGGCUAUUUAAUCGUGGUGCUCUGCAAUACUAAUAUCCUGAAACCUGUAGACUUUUAAAGAUCUAAACAAUUGGCA